AGGUUUAACAAUGAAAGGGCUGGUCUGCUGUCUGACAGGUUUACUGCUGGCAGGACUCUGCUCUGCUUCGCCAGCAGGAAGAGAGUUUGCCACGUCUUUCAUGCAAAACCUCGGGAGAGACGAUAGGGAUGCUCGUUUCUUGGUUGAGGUUGUAGCUCUGCCCUCUUCACGAGGCAGCACUAAGGUCAAGGUAUCGGCUAUGGGUGAGGUCUAUGAGAAGGAAAUCAAUCCUGGUAACAGUGUGUCCUUCAAGCUGCCCGACAGUGUAGAGAUAACGGGCAGUAAAAAGUCCCAUCAGACUGUGCUCAUCGAGGCUAGCCAAGAUGUCACCGUGAUGUCUCUCAACUAUAAGCAAUACACUGCAGACACCUCUGUGAUUUACCCAGUGAAGGACUGGGGAACCGAGUACUUCAUAUUCACUCCUUCCAGCACUCACAGAGACACCUUUAAAGAAUUUUCUAUCACCAACUACAAGGAGCCCAACUCGGUUGAGAUUUUCCUGAAGGGCUCUGUCACAUUCCAAGGCAAAUAUUACAGGAGAGGAAGCAAGAUGACCCUAAAGCUAGAGGCGUUUGAGACUGUUCAGAUUCAGAGUCAGGAUAACCUGAGAGGUACUAAUGUAGUCUCACGCCUUCCUGUUGCCGUCUCCUCGGGACACAGCUGUGCUCAGAUAUACACCACCUGCAACCACGUCUAUGAACAACUUCUUCCUGUAAACAGCUGGGGCAAAGAAUUCAUCAUUGCACCCCUGCCUUAUCAUGACUUAUUUUACUCUUCACAUGACAGUGUUUUCGUCCAAGCAUCUCAGCCCACCAUCAUAACCGUGAAUGUUAAUGGAAAGGUUCAGAGUCGCCGUAUGUUCGCAGGACAAACUCUAGAGUUCUACUCUCAGUGGCCACACGCUAUCUACCUGACAUCUGAUAAGGGUAUCCAGGUCCUAUUUGAAUUCAAUGGGGGCCUUGAUGGUGUACUAGACCAUUUUGAUCCCUUCCUCAUGACUAUACUGCCCACAAGUCAUUUCAGCACUUCCUACUCCCUUGAGGGACAGGGUGAUUUCUACAACUAUAUCAUAGUUGUGGCUCGUAACAAACACCUAGACAGCAUCAAAAUUGAGCCCAAGCCCCAGUACGCUAACUUCAACUGGCAAAAAGUAGAUGGGACUGAUUUCUCCUGGACUGAGAUGCACUACAGCAAUGGGGCAAACUUCUAUCAGAUAUCUCACCACGACUCUCCAUUUGGAGUCUACAGUUUCGGUGUUGCUUAUGCCAACGGCUAUGGAUCCCCUGCAGCUGCUGACCCAGCAGAUGACUGCAGCACCACCAAAUGUUCAGAAGGUGAAGUGUGCCAGAUGAAAGAAAACUCCCCAACAUGUGUCAAAAAACCACCAGCCAUCAAAGCAGGUACCUGCUGGGCCAUGGGAGAUCCUCACUACCGCACAUUUGACGGUAACUACUACAACUUCAUGGGCAGCUGCACCUACACGAUGGUCAAGAACUGCCAUGUCGAUGAAGUCCACCCAGCUUUUGAGGUUGAUGCUCAGAAUGACAAACAAGCUGGUUCAGAGGUCACAUUUGUCGGCAAGGUGAUCAUUAAGGUGCAUGGGUUCACUGUGACCAUUGUGCGAUCAGAGUUUGGCCUUGUCAGGAUGGACCACACAUUGUGGAAUCUCCCCAUCAACCUGGGCAAUGGCAAGGUGAAGCUAUCCCAGAGCGGCCUGUCUGUCAUUGUGGAGACCGAUUUUGGCCUGACCGUGCAGUAUGACUGGAAGGAGUAUCUUGUCAUCACAGUGCCGGGUAGUUUCUCUGGCAAGGUGUGUGGCCUGUGUGGCAACUUCAACAGCAAAAAGGAAGAUGACUUGAUGACUCCUACUGGCUCACAGACCAGCAGUGUGGUGGCCCUGGGCAAGAGCUGGAGGGUUCCUAAUGUGACGGAUGAUGCUCAGUGUCGAGACGAAUGCUCGGGCCAGUGUGAGACCUGUGAUGUGAAAGCUGUCGGCUUUUUUCACAGCUGGCGCGCCAGGGCGUUCUGCAGUGUGCUCACUGGCAUUAUGGAUGGUCCGCUCAGAGACUGUAAUGCUGUCAUUGACCCCAAAGUCUUUCAUGAGAUCUGUUUGUUUGAUAUAUGCAUGGGCGAGGGGCUGAAGGACUUCCUGUGUGACUCCAUGCAAGUGUACGCCGACGCCUGUCAGAGGGCCGGCAUCAAAAUUUAUGACUGGAGGCGCCUCGCCGGUUGCUCUCGACCCUCAUGCCCAAAGAACAGCCAUUAUGAGUUCUGUGGGAAUGCCUGUCCUGCCACCUGUGAAAACCCAGAUGCUGCCACAAAGUGCAAAAAAAGCUGCGUAGAGACCUGUGUCUGUGACGAGGGCUUCCUGCUUAGCGGCACCGAGUGUGUCCAUAAGGCCCAGUGUGGCUGCUUGUACAAAGAUAAGAGCCUCUACAUAGGCGCUGGAGACUCCAUCUUUACUGAUGACUGUGCCGAGAGGUGCACAUGCAACGGAACUACCAAGGAAGUUUAUUGCGAGAAACCAGGUUGUCGCCAAGGGUAUGAGUGCAAGGUGGUUGAUGACCUUAUCGGAUGUCACCCGAUAGCCUACGCUGAGUGCAGCAUGAGUGCUGGCCCUCACUUUGAGACCUUUGAUGGGCAUAAUUACAACUUACAGGGCACCUGUGUGUAUCAGCUGGCUGAGGUCUGCUCAAAAGAUCCUUCCCUGCAACAGUUUAUCGUUUCAGUUAAAUAUGAUGCCCGUGGCAAGGGAAGUGAUUCUGGUGCAAAGCAGGUGGAGGUCAAAGUUUAUGGAACUUCAAUUGUUGCUGCAAGAAAGCACAAAGACUCAGUCCUGAUAAAUGGAGAACUUACCAACUUACCUUUCAAACUCAAACGCAAUUUCACAGUCUACCAGAAAAAUGAUUUUGUUGAGAUCAAGACCGAAUUUGGCCUGCAAGUCACCUAUUACUGGAAUGCAACAGUACAUGUCAAAGUACCCGACACAUAUGUUGAUGCCAUGUGUGGUCUGUGUGGCAAUUACAAUCACAACCCCAAAGAUGACCUGCAGUUGAAGAACGGCACGGAUUUCCGAUCAUGUGGACCAGCGGGAAAUGGAACGUGCACAAUCUCAGGUGAUCCACAUUACAAAGCCUUUAACAACCAUACCUAUGACUUCCAAGGCACCUGCACCUAUACCGCAGCUAAAUCGUGCCAUCUGGAGCGUUCAUGGCUCGAUGCCUUCUCUGUGGUCGUGGAGAAUGAGAAGUGGACACAGACAGAGCAGCCACAUUUGUCCGUAGCCAAGCUUGUUGCUGUGGAGGUGUAUGGCACAACACUGGUCCUCCGAAACAAUCAACUUAAAACGAUCAUGGUGAAUGGCACCUUGACAGGCAUUCCUCUUAACCUCAAUGAGGGACAAGUGGAAGUCUUCCAAGAGGGUUUUCACUAUAAUAUCAUAACUGACUUUGGCCUGAAGGUGACUUAUGAUAUGAUCUACAAAGUCACUGUCACUGUUCCUGAAGACUACAAGGACAAAACCUGUGGUCUGUGUGGCAGUUUUAACGACAUCGUGACAGAUAAGUUCGAGCUACCUGAUGGAAAUAUCACCAAGGACAUCCAGACCUUUGGAGCAGCCUGGAAAACGGGAAUGCCGGGGGUGGUCUGUGAAGAUGGCUGCAGUGGCGACCAGUGCCCCAAAUGUAACAGCACACUAAAGAAAAUCUUUGAGGAAGAUUGUAAAAGUAUCACUAAAUCUACUGGUAGCUUUGCUGCCUGCCACAGCAGCCUAAAUCCUGAGCCUUACUACAGAGAUUGUGUCUAUGACGUCUGCAUGUCUCAGGGAGACCGCAGCGUUCUCUGCAACAGCAUCUCAGCGUACAUUGCUGACUGUCAGACCAUUGGAGUAAAGAUCGACAACUGGAGGACGCCUGAUUUCUGCCCUAUUAAGUGUCCUGAAAACAGUCACUACCAGAUCUGCUCUGAAACCUGUGGCUCUCCAUGUCCUGGUCUCACCAACACCAUCAGCUGCCCCGCCACUUGUGCUGAGGGCUGCGCCUGUAAUGAAGGCUACUACUUCAGCGGGACUGACUGUGUUGCCCAGAAGAAUUGCAGUUGUUUCCACAAAGGACUUUCCUAUAAGAUUGGCGAGUCUGUGCUAUCUGACAACUGCCAGCAGCGCUGCAACUGUACAGCAUCUCGUGGAGUUGAGUGUGAGCACUUUUCAUGCAAUGUUGCAGAGAAGUGCCAGGUCAACAAGGGUAUACUUGGCUGCCAUCCCAAACAGUGUCAGAUGGGGAAUGAAGGCUCCAUUACUCUUUUCGAUGGCACGACCGGCACUAUCUCUGUCAUGGGGGCUUAUGAGAUCCUCACACACCAUGACGAAUCAGCUCCUGACUGGUUCAGGGUUGUGGCCAAGCUCCAAGAGUGCACUGCGACCGGUGCGAAGAGCGUUGUCGCUGUUUACGUCUACUUUAAUGACCUGAGUGUCACUGUUACUGACACACAGGAGACCUGGGUCAAUGGUAAAAAGGUGACCCUCCCCAGCCUGCCUGGAAAUAAUAUCUUUGUGAGAGGCAGUGAGGAAACCGUAAUUAUCGAUUAUACGUCACACUUCCAGCUGUCUUUCAGCAACACCCGGGGGCUCAUUGUAACUGUAAGUGACAGCAUGGUAGACAAGUUGGGCGGAGCAUGUGACACAUUCUUGCCCCUCAGAGACACCAUGGACUUCAGGCAGGAAAGUAUGCAGGAGUACAUGGCCACAUUUUCUGCACAGGACUUCCCUUCCUGUGAGUUAUGAAAGAAAAAUCAUCUUUUCAACACCCAGAGAUCAACGCAGCAGUAUCAUCAUCUGCAGAAAAUUCAACAAUAAAUCAGUACUGAAAGUUUUAUUUGAAAUAUGGUAUUAGUGUUAAUUCAAGCUUUAAUGAAAUGGGUUGGUAAAAUAAUUGCAUAAUAAACUUCUUGUUCAACUUCAA